UGCUAGCGUUUUUUCCGUGUAGACCAUCGUGGCCGUAGCUUAGCUAUUGUUCAGUGGUAAAGAUGAAGGCUGUUCUUGCAGUUGUGUUCUGCCUGUCCGUGGCAAACAGCGCUGUGCUGAAGUUUCGCGAAUAUGAGGAGCAGUGGCAGGCAUGGAAGAGCUUUCACGACAAGAGUUACCAAACAGAUACCGAGGAACAAGCUCGUUAUGCGAUCUGGAGAGACAACUUAAGGAAAGUUCAACAACACAACUCCGAGGGACACUCUUACACCCUGGCCAUGAACCAGUUCGGUGAUCUGACAGUCGAUGAAUUCCGAUUUUACUACCUGGGACUUCGCUCUCACUACUCCAAUGAGACUAAACGUCAAGGAUCGGCCUAUCUCCCUCCCAGUGGAGUAAGCCUCCCCCCCACAGUGGACUGGAGAACUAAGGGAUACGUUACCCCAGUAAAGAAUCAAGGUCAGUGUGGUUCUUGCUGGGCGUUCAGUACAACAGGAUCACUUGAAGGACAACACUUCAAGAAAACAGGAAACCUUGUCUCACUUAGCGAACAGAAUCUGGUUGACUGCUCAACUAGCUAUGGAAAUCACGGUUGUGAGGGUGGACUUAUGGAUAACGCCUUCCGGUAUAUCAAAGCUAAUGGUGGUAUCGAUACCGAAGCAAGCUAUCCCUACACAGCCCGCGAUGGACGCUGCAAGUUCAAAGCAGCUGAUGUUGGUGCUACUGAUACUGGUUACAUGGAUGUCAAGCGAGGAAGCGAAGCUGAUCUUCAAUCCGCUGUGGCCACAGUCGGCCCAAUCUCUGUAGCUAUAGAUGCUAGCCACGGUUCAUUCCAGUUAUACCACCAAGGAGUCUAUGACGAGCCUGCCUGCAGUUCUACAUUGUUGGAUCAUGGUGUGCUAGCUGUUGGUUAUGGAACAUACCAAGGACAGGACUACUGGCUGGUGAAGAACUCCUGGGGAAAGGGCUGGGGCAUGGAAGGUUACAUUAUGAUGUCGAGGAACAAGAACAACCAGUGUGGAAUCGCUACCAGUGCUAGUUACCCACUUGUUUAAUUCACGUGCCUGUAUAGUGGACCACAAUCUACUCGGCUUUUUUACUUCAAAACGUACCCCUUUGAAUUCAACAUAGUGUAACACGCACAAAAAAUAGGAGCAAAAUUAUUAUGAAUUUGUAGGAUAGGUAGUCCAAUCUCGCUUUGCGAUUGUAGAAACUGAACGCAAA